UUGUGCCUUUGCCCAAACAGCCUUAGCUAGAAAGAAGGAGCUGCCAAAAAUUCUGCCUCUCCGCAGUGGCACUCCAAGACACAACGGUCUUGGAAGGAAUGACGUCAGUAUAGAGCCACCUGAAGGAGUCCGGAUGUUUCUAAAUCCGGACACUCCUGCCCCUUCAGCCUCCGUCAGCUCGUCUUAAGGGGCUGGGCCUCUGUGCUCUCCAGGCGUGUCACCUCUCUGCUCGCAAUGCCUCUGCCCCAGGGUGACGUGACUGCCUUAUUCCUGGGGCCUCCUGGCUCGGGAAAGUCCGCCCUGAUCGCCGCGUUAUGCGGUAAGAAUGUGGACACAGUAGAGAUUCCCGAUGGACGGCAGGACUCUGGAGUCCCCAGCCUGAGAGCUGCAGCUCCGGGCCUCUUCCUGGGUGAGCUGAGUUGCCCACCCGCAGCUCCCGGUCCCUGGGCGGCGGAGGCCAACUUGCUGGUAUUGGUGCUACCAGGACCUGAGGGGAGCGAGGAGCCCCUGAGCCCAGCUCUGGGAGAGGCAGCGCGAGCCGCCCUGGCUAGAGGAACCCCGCUGCUGGCUGUCCGGAAUCUGCGCCCUGGAGAUUCCCAGAAUGCAGCUCAAGCCCGGGAUGAGACUGCAGCCUUGUUGGACAGUGCUGGGUUAGGAGCUGCGCCUCUCUUUGUGCUGCCGGCGGAUUGCAGCAGCAGUGACCGCUGCGAGGAGCUAGAGCGCCUGCAGGUGGUGCUGCGGACCCAGGCGGAGGCGCUGCAGAGGCUCCUGCCUCCUGCCCAGGAUGGCUUCGAGGUGUUGGGCGCAGCUGAGCUGGAAGCUGUUCGUGAGGCCUUCGAGACCGGUGGCCUGGAGGCGGCGCUGUCGUGGGUGCGCGCUGGUCUGGAGCGCCUGGGCAGCGCACGACUGGACUUGGCGGUGGCCGGCACCACCAAUGUAGGCCUUGUGCUAGAUAUGCUGCUGGGGUUGGAUCCUGGAGACCCAGGUGCUGCGCCUGCCUCAGCACCCACUGGACCCACCCCUUAUCCUGCUCCAGAGCGCCCCAAUGUAGUGCUCUGGACCGUUCCCCUGGGCCCCACGGCCACAUCUCCUGCUGUCACCCCUCACCCAACCCACUACGAUGCCCUGAUCCUCGUCACCCCCGGGGCUCCCACAGAAGAGAACUGGGCCCAAGUCCGCUCAUUGGUGUCCCCAGAUGCUCCACUCGUCGGUGUGCGCACGGACGGUCAGGGCGAAGAUCCACCCGAGGUUCUGGAAGAAGAAAAGGCCCAGAAUGCAAGCGAUGGGAACUCAAGGGAUGCACGCAGCGAGGGAAAGAAAGCUGGCAUCGGGGACUCGGGGUGCACUGCAGCUCGGAGCCCGGAGGAUGAGCUGUGGGAGGUGCUGGAGGAGGCGCCUCCGCCGGUGUUCCCGAUGCGGCCCGGCGGUCUCCCGGGUCUCGGAACCUGGCUCCAGCACGCACUGCCUACAGCUCAGGCCGGAGCGCUGCUGCUGGCGCUGCCACCCGCAAGUCCCCAGGCGGCGCGGAGGAAGGCGGCUGCGCUACGGGCAGGGGCGUGGAGGCCAGCCCUGUUGGCUAGCCUGGCGGCAGCCGCCGCCCCAGUACCAGGGCUGGGCUGGGCUUGCGAUGUGGCGCUUCUCCGGGGACAGCUGGCCGAGUGGAGGCGCGCGCUAGGCCUCGAACCCGCGGCCAUUGCACGACGUGAGCGCGCCUUGGGCCUCGCUCCCGGAGUACUGGCAACGCGCACGCGCUUCCCGGGCCCGGUGACGCGAGCCGAGGUAGAGGCCAGGCUGGGGUCCUGGGCAGGUGAGGGCACGGCGGGAGGUGCGGCGUUGGGCGCGCUCUCCUUCCUAUGGCCGGCGGGUGGUGCUGCGGCAACAGGUGGGCUGGGUUACCGUGCUGCGCACGGUGUACUGCUACAAGCCUUAGAUGAGAUGCUGGCUGAUGCGGAGGCGGUGCUGGGACCCCCAGAGUCCAACCAAUGAGGUGUGCGGUGGGGUUUGGGGUGUCUGGUGACUUAGUUUUUGGCCCCACAGCCUCUGAGAUUAAGAAGUGACAGUUUUGUUAUUCAAACCGGGAGACUUGAAGGAGACUGACAUCUCGUUGAAACGUGAGAUUUACAGUCACCCGAUUUCCUAGGUACUGAAUGGGAGUAGGGUCUAUGCGCCAGAAGUGUGUCAUCCAGAUACCAAUGCAGUAAAGGGAGUUGAGGGCCUGGGACUCGUAGAAAUGGGAGCUUCUUGGCAUCCAGCUGACACUUGGUCAUGGAUCUCUAGAAGCUUUGAUCCUUGCCUGCCUGUGAGCGAACCUAUGGCUAUGGGCCUGCAGGGAGUUAGAGCCCUUGGAGUGCUGGCUCCCAAAAGGAAAGAGGUGUAAGUUGCCCGAUGAAAGAACAGAUUUUUGCGGGAGCUGUGAGAGUCUUAGGAAAAGUCUGGUUCCUAAGAAGGCUUUGGUUGUCAUUUCUUAGGUGGCAUGAAGCCCUGUGGAGACCAGGGGCCUGCUGGAGACCCUUUAGUCUCUUGGAGUGCAGAAGAUUGUCAGUCAUUUGCUCUCCAAAGCUUUGGUGUAGACGCUAAUGUUCCACAACAUUGAAGGGAAGGGACAAGGGAGGGUGUGGAUAAGGUUGUCUUCGGACAGCUAGAGCCUGGGAGUGGGGUCUUUAGGGUGUGGAAGAGUAGAAGCCCACACGUGGAAAUACCUCCCGUGGGAUCCUGGCAGCUGCCUCUCUGGGAAGCUGCUUUACUGGGAAGGUGUGACUACCCCCAUUUUAUAGGUGCUGGGUGAUUCAGGGUCUCUGGCAUGCACGCUCCUGUUUCUCUUUAUUACUGGUUUCUUCUGUCAUAUGGACCUUAACUGCAGGGCCUCAGAGUGAUGGGCUCCUGCUGUAGCAGUCUAUGUGGUUUUCUGCAUGACCUCUUCUGAUUUCUCCAAGACACCUGCUGCUGGUCCACAUAGGAUGCUGCUGCUGCUGUGUGUGUGUGUGGGGGGGGUCCCCCUCAGGAUAGCUAGGUAGGCCUUUGAUGCCGUGGGAAAGUGCCUGGAGGGAGGCAGAGGCAGAAACCACAGCGCUGUCAGCUUUGUGCAGGUAGGACCACGGGGUUCAGAGAUGCAAGCCAAAGGCUCAUCAACACAGCGGGACAGUGUGUGGCCUGGCCCUGCCUCUUCUCCAUUUCAGCCCAUCUCCAGCAAGCCUGAUGCCACAAGUCCUCCUCAGGACUUGUGCAUUUUCUGGUUUUCUGUGGGACACUCUGCCUCCCUGUCUUUUUUUGAGAUAGGGUCCUCUUCUGUCAGGUCUCCUUGAAAUGGCUCUAUGGUCACCCAAAGUAGCUUGCAUUGAUCCUGGCCACUUGGUAGUCCCUGUAGCGAACAUUACUACCAAUGGCUGUAUUCUCAUUCUCUCACUUGCCUGUUCGUUGGCUCUUGCUCCUUGUUUGUCUUUCUCUUGGGUGUACCCUAGCACCCAGAGCAGUGCCUGACACACAGUAGGUGCUUAGUAUUUAUUUUCUUAGUUUACUGGUCACUGGCACAUGGCCUGGAAUUCAGGUUGUCAUAAUCUUGUUACAAAGAGGGAGAAGCAAGCACCUGGUGGGAGAGCAAACGGUAGCAGCAGCUUGGCUGCUGUCACUACAUGAACGAGGGCCAUGUAUUUUCACCUGGUAGAUGAAAGGACUGGGCUAGACCCAUAAGAGCUUCUGAGGGCUAAUCAGAGGCCUGUACAGCUGGGCUUUGCUCCCAUCUAACCCUGAACACUCACCUCUGACACCAUCCACCCUAUGAGGAGGCAACUUAUUCGGGUGUUCAUGCCUGUAAUCCCCGCACCUCAGGUUGACACAGGAGAAUUUGAAAUUUAAGGCAGUCUUCAGUGAGAGAGAAUUGCAGGCUCGUAAGCUAUGUGCCUGUUCCCACUAGAGUCUAGACGGGCCUUGAACUCCACACAGUCUGGAGCCAGCCUGAUACUAAGUCCUUGAUGCUUGAGUUGGCCAGCUUUGGCCCUGCCUCAGCCUCCCCAGUGCCGGGAUUCUGACUCUAAACCAUCUUAGAUCAGCCUGACAUUCUUUUCACUAAAUCAUCAGAACCAAUGUGUUCCUACACCAGAGCACACCUCAGAUCACACGAUACACCUAAUCGGAAAUACUUGAACUGAUAGAUGGAGGGCCCAAUUCACAUACCCGUGUUUCAAGUAUAUUGAUAAGUUCCCCCCAAUAAUGGGGUUUCGAUCAGUGCCUCACAUAUUAAAGGCAAACACUCUGCUGGAACCAUGUACCUAGCCCUGUGCUAGGCUGCAGGUAGGGUUCUGGGCGGGGCUCCACCACUGAGCCACGCCCCCAGCCCCUCACUGGGGGAUUCUAGGCAGGGGCUCUCCC